AUGGUUAUGCCUUUCGGACUAACCAAUGCGCCCGCAUCUUUUCAAGCCUUCAUAAAUCAUGUUCUACGAGAACACAUCGAUGUAAUCUGUGUUAUCUAUCUAGACGACAUUUUGAUCUACAGUAAAAAUCUCGAAGAACACAAGAAACAUGUCAACCUAAUCCUCGCCUCCCUACAAAAAUACGACUUGCAAUACACAAAAGAAAAGUCUGAAUUUGCUGUUACCGAAUGUGAAUUCUUAGGAGCCAUAAUUACUUCUAAUAGUAUUAAAAUGGACCCAAAGAAGGUCCAAACCAUUCAGGAUUGGCCUAUCCCUCAAAAAGUCAAGGAAGUACAGUCAUUUUUAGAACUCUACAACUAUUAUCGACAUUUCAUUCGAAAGUAUAGCUUCAUGUCAGCAGCACUGUCUGAACUUACAAAAAAACAAGUUAAAUUCGAAAUGACGCCCGAACGAAUCGCCGCUUUCGAUAUCUUCAAAAAUUCCUUCGUAUCCGCCCCAAUUCUUAGAAUUUACGACCUAAAAUUACCUAUCAAAGUUGAAACAGACGCCUCUGUAGCAGCUCUUGGAGCUUGUUUACUACAAUUACACCCCGAUAAAGAAUGGUACCCAAUUGCCUACAUCUUUCACAAAUUCGACGCUACCCAGCUACGAUACGCUAUACAUGAUAAGGAACUCAUGACUAUUGUAGAAGCUUGUCGAAAAUGGUGUGUCUACCUUCAAACAAAAAAACCCUUCACUGUCCUCUCCGAUUACAAGAAUCUCACUUAUUUUCUCACCAUAAAAGAACUCAGCAGACGACAAGUCUGCUGGUGGGAACUUCUGUGUGAAUAUAACAUGAAAAUUGUCUAUUUCAAAGGAAAAGAAAACGUAUUUGCCGACGCCAUUAGUUGA